GAGUGUUGCCUGGCGGUUGGGAGCCAAUGGAGAAUCGCUUCUCAUUGGAGAGGCUCGAUUUUCCUGAGCUGCCAGACACUGCAGGCUCAACUGAGGCGCGGAGGUGCAAUUCGGGCUGGUGGAGCCGCGGGGGAAGCGGGGACAGGCGGGGCCAGCGCGGCUCUGCAGCUGAUCACACGCAGCGCACAGCCCCGCUCUCCCGCCGCUCCCGCAGGCGCCUGGCGUCUUCUCCCCGGGCCCCCGAGGCGCGGGCCGGGAGUAGGAAGACCUGGGUCCUAGGAAGACAGGGGUGAAGGAAAGCACCGUGCAGCGGAGGAAAAGCUGGAGUGCCGCUCGCCUCUAACCUCAAAGUGACCGGCAGCCCGAGGCUCGAACCCUCACCACGGUGCCGCCGCCGCCUGCUGGGAAAACGCGGCGUCCAGGAACCCCUAAGUCCCGCGCCCCCAUCAGUCUGUGCCCGCGGAGCCAGGAUCCUUCUGGUGGGGGCAGCGUGCUGCCCUCUGGAAGUUCCGGGGCUCUGGGGGACUGAGCCGGCGCCCAUCGAGGUACAGCAGGAAAAGUGGGGGCGAGGGAAGCAGCCCUGAGCGCAGUGCGAGGCCGGGCUCCCGCGGCCGGGGCGCCGUCUCCGCGGGGUGAGUGCGCGCGGGGGCGGCUGGGGACCUUCGGGGUCCGCCCGAGGGCCUGGGGGCGCCCACGGAAACUCGGCGGCCAGCAGACACCUCUCCGGAGUGCGGAGCGGGGGACUCUGAGCCUGGAGGCGUGGCGCUCGGCUCCUGCGCCUUCACUUUCGCGUGUGAAUCUGGCUCGCCCCUCCGUAUUAUGUCUGCACUCCGAAGGAAAUUUGGGGACGAUUACCAGGUAGUGACCACCUCGUCCAGCGGUUCGGGCUUGCAGCCCCAGGGGCCGGGCCAGGGCCCGCAGCAGCAGCUCGUGCCCAAGAAGAAGCGGCAGCGGUUCGUGGACAAGAACGGCCGGUGCAAUGUGCAGCACGGCAACCUGGGCAGCGAGACGAGCCGCUACCUCUCGGACCUCUUCACCACCCUGGUGGACCUCAAGUGGCGCUGGAACCUCUUCAUCUUCAUCCUCACCUACACCGUGGCCUGGCUCUUCAUGGCGUCCAUGUGGUGGGUGAUCGCCUACACUCGGGGCGACCUCAACAAAGCUCACGUCGGCAACUACACGCCCUGCGUGGCCAAUGUCUAUAACUUCCCCUCCGCCUUCCUCUUCUUCAUCGAGACCGAGGCCACCAUCGGCUAUGGCUACCGCUACAUCACCGACAAGUGCCCCGAGGGCAUCAUCCUCUUCCUCUUCCAGUCCAUCCUCGGCUCCAUCGUGGACGCUUUCCUCAUCGGCUGCAUGUUCAUCAAGAUGUCCCAGCCCAAGAAGCGCGCGGAGACCCUGAUGUUCAGCGAGCACGCGGUGAUUUCCAUGCGGGACGGCAAACUCACGCUCAUGUUCCGGGUGGGCAACCUGCGCAACAGCCACAUGGUCUCCGCGCAGAUCCGCUGCAAGCUGCUCAAAUCUCGGCAGACACCUGAGGGUGAGUUCCUUCCCCUUGAUCAACUUGAACUGGAUGUAGGUUUUAGUACAGGGGCAGAUCAACUUUUUCUUGUUUCCCCCCUCACGAUUUGCCACGUGAUCGAUGCCAAAAGCCCCUUUUAUGACCUAUCCCAGCGAAGCAUGCAAACUGAACAGUUCGAGAUUGUCGUCAUCCUAGAAGGCAUUGUGGAAACAACUGGGAUGACUUGUCAAGCUCGAACAUCAUACACUGAAGAUGAAGUUCUUUGGGGUCAUCGUUUUUUCCCUGUAAUUUCCUUAGAAGAAGGGUUCUUUAAAGUUGAUUACUCCCAGUUCCAUGCAACAUUUGAAGUCCCCACCACACCUUACAGUGUGAAAGAACAGGAAGAAAUGCUUCUUAUGUCAUCCCCUUUAAUAGCACCAGCCAUAACUAACAGCAAAGAAAGACAUAAUUCUGUGGAUUGCUUAGAUGGCCUAGAUGACAUUAGUACAAAACUUCCAUCCAAGCUGCAGAAAAUGACGGGAAGAGAAGACUUUCCCAGGAAACUGUUGAGGAUGAGUUCUACAACUUCAGAAAAAGCCUACAGCUUGGGAGAUUUGCCCAUGAAACUUCAACGAAUAAGCUCAGUUCCUGGCAACUCAGAAGAAAAACUGGUAUCUAAAGCCACCAAGAUGUUGUCUGAUCCCAUGAGCCAGUCAGUGGCUGACUUGCCACCCAAGCUUCAAAGGAUGGCUGGGGGAGGAGCCAGGAUGGAGGGGAAUCUCCCCGCCAAAUUAAGGAAAAUGAACUCUGAUCGAUUCACAUAACAAACACCCUCUUAGGCAUUAUUUACUGUGGGAUUUAGUAAUAAUCUAAUAUUUGGCUGAUGAGGGAAUCCUCUCUAAGGAAUCUGAAAGGUACAUUUCCUCCCCAGUCAGAUAUGCUUAUUUGAGAAGCCUUAUUUCCCAAGUACUACUACUGUGCAGAAAGCAAACGUUGUGAAGGGAGGGCAUCAUAAGGAAAUUCCUACUAAUGGGCAUGUAUUAUCACAUCAUGCAUGCAAUAAUGUGCAAAUUUUGCAUUUAGUUUUAUGGCAUGAUUUAUAUAUGGUAUAUUUAUAUUGUAUAUUCUGGAAAUAUAUAUAUAUAUUUAAAGGGGUGGUAUUCUCCAUGACAUUUCUAAUAUGUAAAUUAAGCCGAAGAUGAAUAGCUAUCUUUCAGGGCGAUAAAACUACAUAUAUGUAUGUAUAUGUAUAUACACAUAUAUACAUAUAUAUAUGAACACACACAUGCAUACAUACAUAUAUAUCUGAUAAAAUUGUGAUGUUUUGUUCAGAGUUGUAGUUCUUGUGCAUGUUUACUUUAUUAAGCUAGGAAGGCUACUGGCAUUAAUUAUUAAUACCAAAUAUUUUAGCCUUAAAUUAUUUGUCAUUUUUAAAAUCUAAUUUAAUGUUUUCUGCUGUUUAAGGUCCUGAAAGGGUUUCAAUUGUACUUUAUAUGAGGGAGUCACACAAGUCUGUGCUAUUUACGGCCCUGCCAAAAUAUAACCAUUAUAUAUUUAACUUGUAAAUUUUAGAGUAUAUCAAUAUGUUGAAGAUUUUUUACAAUUUUUAAAACUUGCUAGUACUGGGGGGAAAUAAAGAUAAAUAAAUUUGAGAAUUGGUCCUCUCCUGGACUAAUUAAAAUCUGGACACCUGUUUUGUAUAUGAUUUAACACAACUGUGAGCUCUGAACAAAUGUUGAGUCAUUGUGAUAGUCAGUAGCCAAGUUAUACUGAAUGCAGAGAAUGUGUGAAAUUACAUAAUUAAUGGUCCCUGUUUCAAAAUGAGUCAAUUUCCACUUUGUUUCUGAAACUUCUGUCAUUUCAAAAACCAAUAAUUUUUUCUUGCGGAGACACAACAAUACACUGAAAGAGAUGAUAAAUAUUUAUGUUUUAAAUAUAUAUGUCUUAUUGAGUGUCUUCUUUUCUUUCCAGAGAUUUCUUUUAUUUUAAAAAUUUUAAAGACAUUUUUAUUGA